GAUUCUUCAUAUCUAUCAAAGAAGGAUAUUAGGAAAAGUGGUCUUGACUUGUCUACUGAGAUGGCUUACUGCAUGUUGUGUGUGUGUGAGAAAAUGAGGACUAAUAGCCUUUAUUUUUAGCUUUCGUGGGAGUAGUGAGGCAAGUAGGGUACCCUCUCCAGUGUCAGAAGAGUUUUCAAUUGCAGGAGUUCUGACUGCUCUCAGGUUACUCACUUUGAGAGGGAGGUAGACCCUAAAAGCAAUUUUACCACUGUCAAGUCUCAGCCCUUUCACUCCUACCAACUAGGAGGUCUUGCUUUUUCCUUCUCACUCAUCCCUCUCAUGGAAAGUUGCUCCUGCUGUUUGUAGCAAAAUUAAUAUGAGCCUCAUUUCUUCAUCUUUUGUAUGAAGGAAUAUGAAUUUAUCUUUUGUAUCUAAAUUGUGCAAUUUAGUAUAAAAGGUGCUAGUUUUAAAAUAGAACUGGUAGUAAAACACAGUAGCAUGGUGCCACCUCCUGAAUUAGGAGAAAUCUUAAUCUGUAUUAUCACUUCCAUAUCACUGCUCAUUUAAAAUAUAUUGUCUUGGAAAAGCAAGUCUUACUUGGAAAGAGAACAGGUACAUAGAGGACAUUUUGUGACUAAGGAUGCAAAUUUAGUGACAUUCUUAAUUGAGAAAAGCAUAUUAUUUUGGAAGACCUUUUUUGUUUUGUUGUUUUUGAGACAGGGUCUCUGUUGCCCAGGCUGGAGUGCAGUGGUGCAAUCAUGGCUCACUGCAGCCUUAACCUCCCCGGCUCAAGCAAUCCUCCCACUUCAUCCUAAUAGCUGGGACCAUGGAUGUGUGCCACCAUGCCCGGCUAAUUUUUCUUUCUUUUGAGACAGAGUUUCGCUCUUGUUGCCCAGGCUGGAGUGCAAUGGCAUGAUCUCGGCUCACUGCAACCUCUGCCUCCUGGGUUCAGGUGGUUCUCCCAACUCAUCCUCCUGAGGAGCUGGGAUUGCAGGUGCCCGCCAACCACGCCCAGCUAAUUUUUGUAUUUUUAGUAGAGAUGGGGUUUCAACAUGUUGGCCAGGCUGGUCUUGAACUCCUGACCUCAGGUGAUCCGCCCACCUCUGCCUCCCAAAGUGCUGGGUUUAUAGGUGUGAGCCACCGUGCCCGGCCAAUUUUUUUAUUUUUCGGAGAGAUGAGGUCUCCCUAUGUUGCUGAGGCUGGUCUCAAACUGGGCUCAAGCGAUCUUCCCGCCUUGCCUCCCAUUGUGUUGGGGUUACAGGUGCGAGCCACUGUACCUGGCCUGAAAGGCCUUUUUGGAAAUAGGUUCAGAAAAUGUUUUCACAUUUAGUUUCUGAACAUUUAAAACUAAACCAUUGAGAAUUUCUUUUUCCCCAUUCUAUUUAACAGUUUUCCUUUCUGUCUUGUUAUUUUCAGCAAGGCAAAAUUUUUGGCAGGUAAUGAAACUUCAUACCUUAUUGUGGCAGGGAUCUCAAACCUACUUUCCAGGUUUGAUGUUCUGGGGUUUGAUGAAAAUCCACGUUAAUUUACUUCUGGAAUAUAUUCUAUACUUCUGUCAACUCUGGUGAUUAGGGAAUUAAUUUUCUACAUAAAGGCAAGUCAAACUUCUUGAGUCACUUUGGCUUCAAGGUAUCAAAACAGUUGUUAAUUAGGUUUUGUGAUAUUAAAUAUUGGCUGAUACCAAGGAAGAAACUGACUUGAAAGGUUUCUGGUACCAACAAUCUUGGCUAAUUUUUUUUUUUUUUUUUUUUUGAGACGGAGUCUUGCUCUGUCGACAGACUGGAGUGCAAUGGUGAGAUCUCGGCUCAUUGCAGCCUCUUCCUUCUGGAUUCAAGUGAGUCUCCUGCCUCAGCCUCCCAAGUAGCUGGACUACCGCUCAGCUAAUUUUUGUAUUUUUAGUAGAGACGGGGUUUCACCAUGUUGGCCAGGCUGGUCUUGAACUCCUGACCUCAGGCCAUCCGCCUGCCUCGGCCUUCCAAAGUGCUGGGAUUACAGGUGUGAACCACUGUGCCUAGCCUAAUUUGGCUAAUUUUUCAGUGGUAACAGUAUCUGGCCAGUCACACAUACAAAUGUGCAUACAUUCAUAGAUAUAUACACACAUUAAUAGGAAACUAAAGAGGGAAAUAAGUCUUUAGUAGACCUAGAUCUUUUAGUUAAAAUUUAUGGACAUAAAAUGCUCCUAAUUUUCGUUUAUUCAUAUGGCUUUCCCAUUCUAACAAGCCUGAUCUGGCUUGUAUAUUUAUUUUCCACAUAUACUUACAAAGGUAUAGGUUGGUGAAGUAAAAUGCUGUCUGUGCAUUAAUGUAGUUUUCUCAUUUCAACGACUUAGGUAGUUUUUUCAGGAGUUCUGGAUGAGACACUGAAAAUCUGUUAGUCAUUGGGCCAUUUAAUGGAAGCAGCUACGUACAAACAUUUAACCUCUGAGCCUCAGUUUCCUUGUAAAAAGAUAUUUUUCCAGCUCUCAAUUAUAUCCUAUGAAUACAGGAUUUAUAGGAUCGUGUCUUUUUUUUUUUUUUUUGGAAAAUUCUGCCUAGAGGACUUCUGACGUUAUUUCAUUCACGCUUUUAUGUGGAGAUUUAUUUUAACAAAAGAAAAAAUGAUACAUUAAAAAGUAGACUUAAUUCGCCCUGUAAUACCUUACAUGUAUGAACAUUUGGUACAUUAUUUUUGUGAUAGCUCUUUGAGGGAAAGAUAGGGUAAAUACGACUCUUGAAAGUUGAGGAAGCUAACACUGAAGCAUAUAUUUUCUUACAUUCUGAGGAGGAAAACUAUCAAGCUCUCAUUAGUCCACAAAGCAUUAUUCCAAGUUAUUCCCAAAUUUCCCUAAAUUACCAUGUUAAUGCAUGAAUUGGGAGUUAACCUGAAUCACAUAGAUGUUAGCUAAUACAUGAAUCUACUUUCGUAGGAGUAACUCCGUUUUAGAAUGGGUGUUCAUUUAUUCUAAGUUUCUUAGUUUUGAAAUUCUAGUCAGAAUUCUCAAUGCUAAUAGAUGAAUGAACCUGAUGAGGAAAUACAAAACAGUCUAACUGCUAAACCAACCUCCUAGAUUUUAUUUAUGUUAAUAAUUGUUCUCAAUAAUUACAGGGCCACCAUAUAGUCUAAAAUAGCAUCAGUGUUCUGAUUACCAGUGACUCCCCAAGUAAACUGUCUUUAGGCUGAAAGCCCACAUAUUUAAUUAUCAGUAAAGCAUUUUAUUGCACCUUUUCUAGUGAGCUUGGUGGUUUUGGAAUGAUACCUCUUUUAAGUACAGUCUCUGUUGCACUCAGGCUGGAGUGCAGUGGCGCUAUCUCGGCUCACUGCAACCUCCGCCUCCCGGUUUCAGGUGAUUUUCCCACCUUAGUCUCCCAAGUAGCUGGGAUUACAGCCACCAUGCCUGGCUAAUUUUUCGUAUUUUAAAUAGAAACUAGGUUUCACCAUAUUGGCCAGGUUGGUCUCAACUCCCGCCUCAGGUGAUCACCUGCCCUCCCCGGCCUCCUAAAGUGCUGUGAUUACAGGCAUGAACCACCACGCCCAGCCUCCCCUCUCUUUUGAAGAGUUGUUCACAGGAUACCAUUGUCCCCAUAUGAAAAUUAUAUAUUUUAAAGAUUUAACCCCUAGGGUAUUUACUACAUUUACUUAACCUUCUUGAAAAUUGGCACUUUGCCAGGUUAUCUCAUCUUCCAUCCUUACCUGUUCUUAUUUUCCUUUUUCCCUGUAUACUUGUUUCCUUGAUCACAGCUACAUUACAGCCCCAUACCAUAUCUGUGUGGACUCCUGCUUUAGUGUCAGGGCUUGUUUGAUCUCUGUUAUGUGCAGUUCUGCAUUUCAGCUGUCUGCUGAACACAUUCAAGUGCUCUUCUCCAUCAGCAACUGUCUCAUUAAUUUCUCACUUCAUAUCCAGUCACAUUUGAUCAUUUACUUCAAGAGGCCUGAAAUGUCCUCUCUGUUCAAGUCCUACCAGUCCUUUAGGAAGUUCAGAUCUGGCAUAACUCCUUAUAAAUAAGUUAAACUACUAACUUAUUUAUAAGUUAAUACUUAUAAGUGGCACAUUUAAUUUUACUGGUUCUCUACAUCUAGCUCCAGAGUCGACGACAGUAUUGUCAAAUAGAAAUGAAAUGCAAACCACAUAUGUAAUUUAAAGUUUUAUAGUUUGGCCCCAGUUCAUCCUUCUAGUGUGAUUUUCCAUUCAUACUCUCUAAAGAAACUGCCUGCCUUGUGUUUCUUUGGCUCAUCUCACAGCUUCUGAUGUCUUGAAUUGUGCCACAUUUUCUUCAACCAAAAUAGGUUAAAAUCAUCUUACUGUAGGCACAUUAGAACUACCUACAUCGUAUCCCUGAGGAACAAGUACAGUUUGGAGAACAUUAAAAGUCUUGGCUUUGCCUUCUGGGGCAAAUAAGGUUAUUAGCUGAUUUUUCUUCUUUUCUUGGUUUUGGUUUUGUGAGACGGAGUCUGGCUCUGUCACCCAGACUGGAGUGCAAUGGUGCAAUCUAGGCUGACUGCAACCUCUACCUCCCGGGUUCAAGCGAUUCUUCAGCCUCAUCCUCAUGAGUAGCUGGGAUUACAGGCACGUGCCACUACACCCAGCUAGUUUUUGUAUUUUUUAUUAGAGACAGUUUUGCCAUGUUGGCCAGGCUGGUCUCAAACUCCUGACCUCAAGUGAUCCGCUCGCCUCAUCCUUCCAAAGUGCUGUGAUUACAGGCAUGUGCCACUGUGCCCAGCCUUUAUUGUGGUAUAGGUUUGUGAUAGAAAAAAUUUAUCAGCCUCUGCUUAAAGAUAACUUCAGGAUCAAAAGUAUACUUUAUUUUUUUUUUGAGACAGGUCUUGCUCUGUUGCCCAGGCUGGAUUGAAGUGGCACCAUCUCGGGUCUCUGCAGCCUCGACCUCUGGGGCUCAAGGGAUCCUCCCACCUCAGCCUGGGACCACAGGUGUGUGCCACCAUAUCCAGCUAAUUUGUUUUUUUUUGUUUGUUUGUUUGUUUUUUGAGGCAGAGUCUUGCUCUGUUGCCCAGGCUGAAGUGCAGUGGUAUGAUCUCAGCUCACUGCAACCUCUGCCUCCCGAGUUCAAGUGAUUCUCCUGCCUCAGCCUCUCGAGUAGCUGGGAAUAUAGGCACGCGCCACCAUGCCUGGCUAAUUUUUGUAUUUUUAGGAAAGAUGAGGUCUCACCAUGUUGCCCAGGCUGGUCUGGAACUCCUGACCUCAAGUGAUCUGCCCGUCUCAGCCUCCCAAAAUGCUGGGAUUACAGGCAUGCGCCACUGUGCUUGGCCCCUAAUUUUUGUUGAUUUUUUUCAUAUAGAGAGGUUUCACCAUGUUGCCUAGGCUAAAAGCCACAGUUUUAAAACAUCUGAUGUCAUUUGAAAAUCUGAUAUUUCUAUGCUUUGCAAUAGCAGGAACCUUCAGAAUCAUUUAAAUUAUUACUGCUACCCUUAACAAUUUUUUUUUGGCAGUGCGUACCUGGUAAUUACAAUCUUUCCUCCACCAUGGUAAGUAAUAGUUUCGUAUGUUGCUUUACAUAGUAGAAAACACGAUGGAACUUGGCAGAGGCUGAAGAGUAAAUAGAUUUAAACCAAUUUAAUUAUGUUAACAUUUGACAACUCAGUACUUGCAAGGGACUAUCUAGAUAGGGAUAUUUGUCAUAGGCGUCUUAACUCUGAAGCUACUUAAAUGCCCCACAAAAAUUGCUCUAGUUCUGCCAUCAGUGUUUCUGUGAGCAUUCUUAAAGCUUUCUUUUAAGCCACAAGAAAUAACUGAAAGCUGAUGUUUUUAACUAUAUAUAAGCAUUUUUUUUUGUUUUUAACUAAAUAUAGAAGUGAUAGAACUAUUCUCUGAACAUCUGGGGACAGCAGAGUUCUUAAUUGUCUUGAGUACUUAAGGCUAUAUCUUGAAUUGUUUCACAAAAUUGACUAUAGGCCAUAAUGCUAAAAAUUCAGACUGUUUUAGAAUCUUGUGUUCAUAUGAGUUAAAGAAAAAUUCAAAUAGUAACUGUCUUUGAAUAUAUAAGGGAAAUUUUACAAUGAAAAUUUUCAAAAUUAUUAUUCAAGAUUUAUACUUAGAUAUAUUAUGUUGAGUUUAUUUUCUGGAAUCAGCUUGCCAAAAGAGGAAAAGUUUAUUUUUAGUGAAGGUAAAAAUUGAUUUUAAUUAUUUGGUAGCAACCCUUACUAGUAGAAUAAGAGCUGAAGUACCAAUAUUAGUGAUUUUCACAGUUCUGAACCAAGCCUGGUUGCCUGGUGGUUUUUAGGACAACAGUGAAGAGCUUUAAUUUUUACGUUUUGGGAAAUAGCUUGUGAGAGGUAAGGAUUGCAAAGUUUUUCCAAAAUAUUUUAUGAAGUUAGUGAAGUCAGUUGAAACGUGUAUUUAAACAUUUGAAGGGAUAUAGUUAAUAUUUUUUUAAUGAGAGGAAACCACUGUCUGUAGUUCAGAAAUACGAUGGAGUGUUUUACUUAUUUAAGGGGUAAUUUGAAAAGUAAACAAAAGCAUUGGCCUACAAGAGAAUGGUGAUGUUGGAUUAUAAGUUGCUUUUUCUAAUCGUUAAUAUUCAUCAACAGGUGAGUAUAUUUUCAGUUUCCAAGCAGUUAUGAAUUUACAUUUUCUCAAAUUAUAACUAGCUUUCUGCUUCUCCAAAAGUGAGGCUUAAGAGGAUGGCUAUUUCAUCAUAAAUUAGAAAAACGACUACAAAUAUGAAAUGAUUAAUUUUUUGGUACUAAGAUAAUGAGACCAUCCAGAAUUUUAUGAUCAAAACAUGGCUUUUACCCAGGGAGUAUCUGUAGUUGAGCCACUGGCUCUAUAACAUUGUUAGUUCUUUGUAUCUUCCCAAUGGAGGUUUUACCUCAGGGCCAUAAAAAUAAAAGAGGGUUAAAUGUGAAAAUAAUAACUGCAUUUUGAACAUCUCAGAACCUCCACUCGUAAAAAUUACUUAAUGUUCCUCUUCCUUGAAUUACAUAUUUUCCAUUGUAAUAAGUUCCUGUUUUGAAAACCAAGGAAAGGAACAUUUUUUGAAGAAAGUUCAGGGGCCUCUUCCACAGGUGUUUUAUCAAGAGGUUGAUAUGUAGGGAUAGGUUGUGGGGGAGAAAAGGGUGUUAUGAACUGUAAAAUUAAGGCUGUAAAAAUAACAUUAGGGAUGCCACAAAAGGUGAAAUAUAAACCAUGAUCAUUUGAGACAAGGGAAAAACAGGGCUUUGAAAGUGCCUGUCAUGUGAUAGGAGGCAUCUGUAAGGGAGAGACUGAAAUGGCUCCCAGGGGUAGUAUAUCCAUGCUCUUCCCGAUAUACUUGUGCCAUACAAAUAAUGACCCUCAACACGUUAAAAUGUGGUUUACAUUCAGGGUCAUCAGAGUUUAGGCCUAAUUUCUGCAAUUCAGGUAUUCAUCAUUACCUUGCAAACUUAUUGUACCAACAUAAAAAGCAUUUUGCUGGUGUGGUGGGGAGAAAUCAGGUUAAAUUAAGUAGAAGCAUUUUGGGAACUUUGCCUAGUACUUCAUGACUUCUGAAAAUUAUAAGUGAAAGCAGAGAUAAGUCCUAUUCUUUGCUCACAUUAUUUCCCACAGGCCUUUCCAGGUCCUUAUAGCUAAAAAUUUCCCUUUUGCCAUUAAUUGUCAUUAAAAAAAAGAUUAUACAGUCUUUAUGUAUAAAACUGCUGCCCUUUAUAACAUGUGACUUGUUUGCUUCACUAGAUUGUAAGCCUUUGGAGGUCAGAAAAAAAUGCAUCUAAAUUAAUUGUAUCUGCCACCACAUCUAGCACAGUGCCUUACACUUACUUGCUAUUCAAUAAAUAUAUUCAUAAAAAUAAUGGACAUAUUACUGGAUUGCAGUUUAAUGUCUAUGAGCCCUUUAAAUGCAUUAUCAAAUUUUUAACUUUUUAUAGUUUGUCAAUGUACACCUAGCACAUAUGUGACCUUUGUAGCACUUAUAAAAAAUUUACACAUUUAAUUGUACUGGCUCUCCACAGCUAGCAGAGUCUAUAACAGUACUGUGUAGUAGAAAUAUGCAAGCUACAUAUGUAAUUGUAAGGUUUCUAGCUACCUUAAAGUAAAAAUACUUUUAGGCAAUUACUUCCAAAACAUUUAACAUGUAAUUGCCUUAAAACUAAUUUUAAUUUACAUUUAAUACAGUUUUCAUGGUAAAUCUUUGAAAUGUGAUAGGUACUUUACACAUCACAACAAGCCACAUUUCAAGUGCUCAAUGGCCAUAUGCGGCUACUGACUAUUGUAUUGGACAGUGCAGAUGUAGAACUUUAGCGUAGGCAGUCAGCCUUUCUGGACCUCAGUUUUCCUAGAAAUCAGGUAUUUAAUAUGUCAUUUUCAUUUUAGGUUGUUGUAAUCCAAAUAAAAGCUAAUUGGUUUAGCUCAUUAUUGUCAUGUUCAUAAAGCCAUAAAAUUUGAAAAAAAAUUUUUGUAUUAAGCAUUGUACAGAGAUAUUUAACAGGCACUUUCCAACUUUCCACCCAUUUUAGCACCGCCCCCCUCACUUUUAUGAAGAUAGCUGUUUUAGAGUUGAGGUAGGAGUGAGAUCAAGUUAAUCUUGCUAACAUGUUGCUAAGUAGGAGAUAGAGCUAGUUUCAGAACCGAGUUGAUUGUGGAUAUUCCAUAUAACCUCUCGCAAGUUCAGAACUUAACAAGGUUGGGGAAAAAAUUUCGAGCUCUGUGCGUGUAAAGGUGGACUCUAGACCAUAGGCUAAAGACAUUUAAUGAAAUAAAGGUUAUUUCCUUAGAUGAGGUCCGUAGUGGCAGAAAUUGAAUUAUGUUUCUUGCUUUAGGUAUGGAAAUUCUCUGCCAUAAAGAAUUUCCUUAUGGCUGAAGUUUAUUACAUUUUUUUCCUUUUCUAAUCAUAAAAGCCAUUUGGAAAUUUAAAUUAUCUAUUGUCUAGUUAACUUAUUCUAAUUGCCUCUAAGAAAUCAGAUGGGAAAGAAGUUUUUAAUUGGAUGCUGUAGUGAUGUCUGAUUUGAACAGAACUCAAAACAUUUUGUCUUUAAAAUAUACUGGCUCUUGGUGAAAAGAGUAAUUUCAAAAUAAGGCUUUAAAAGGAAGCAAAAGUUUUAAACAAAAUAAAAGGCAACAUAAUUUACCAGACAGGUUAAUAACAACAUUAUUUGUCAUGAGAUUAAUUUACAAAAGUGUAAAGCACUGAAGUCCAUAGGAGGCACUUGAUAACAUGUAGAUCCACUCAACAUACACCUGUUUUAGUAUAAACAGAUAAUUCAAAGACGCUUAAAAACUGCCAAAGUGAAAUUAAUAAAUGUUUAAAUAUGUACCUAGAAACAUUUUUAAAAAGUGGUAAGCUUUCCAAUGAUGUUACACUGUAGCCUUUUAAAUGGUUUAGUCACAAACAGAAAAAUAUAUUUGUGAUGUUUAGACAAUAAUACCUAAUCGUGAGGAUCAGUGAAAUUGUUUACUUUUAUACACCACUGUGGAAUUGGUACCACUAUUCUACAAAGCAGUUUGACUGUAUCAAGAAUGUUUGUUUUUACCCUUUGACCCAGUAAUUGUAUUAAAGUUGAUUCUAAAUAAUUAGAAAUGUGCAUAGGUUUAUGAUCAAGGAUGGUAAUAUCAAUGGACUUUAGUGGUUAGCAAUAAUGGAACAGGAUGGUACAUUCUGAUAAAGGAUAAUGCAUCAUUAAAGAUCCAUGUUUUUGUAAUACGGGAAAAUAUGAAACUUCAUACACCAUUAAAAAACAUCUGUUUCCCCACUUUGAAGGAUAAGAUCCUAGGAAAGAGAGAUGACAGGCGUAGGCUCUGGAAUGUGUUCAAAUCCCGGCUUUGUUAGUUUUAUGAUCCUAAGUUCCUUCCUGUCUCAGUAAUUUGCCUGCAUAAUGAUUGAAACUAUAGUACUGUACCUACACCAUGGGGUGAAUGCAUGAAGGUCAAAUGAAAUUGCUUACUGCCUGUACCGCCUAAGUAAAUUUUAGCGAUAAUAGUCUUUCUGCAUCUCUCAUUGUAGCGGACAAUACAGAAAAAAAAAUUUAGAAAUGUGAUGAAUUAGUAAAGGGAAAACCCCAUGAGACUUUAUAAGCGGGAUUUUACCUAACCUGCCAACCUGCCUCUUCCAAGCACUUGGAUUUUGAUUGGGCUCCCAGAGCCGGCGUGAAUUGAGCUCUACCUUGCGCGUGAGCGCGCAAGAGAUUUUGUUGGGGUGGCGGCCUGGUGAGUUGUAUUCUUUAUUCUAGGGCUGUUUUACUCGCCACCCCCCCAGCCCCCAACACGCCCCUUUUAAAAUACCGACUCAAAGGAGUCCUCUUAUCCCCAUCUCCCUUAGGCGUCACGCAAAGCUCCGACCUUCCCCCACCCGGAGCCGAGUGUACGGUGAGGUGCGGAACGUUGCGGGGUCGGGGAAGCGCUACCACCCGCUCCAUCCCUCUGCGGGUUCGUGUCACGAAGACUACAGUUCCCAGCAGGCUCCACGAGCUCCGGUUGCCCCUCAGGCAGCGCCCGGAGGCUACGGGGGUGCUGUAGUUUCUUCCGGGCUCCCUACAACCUUCUUCCCUCUUCUCCGCAAUACAGGCAGUUACCGGGUGCUGGGGCUGUCCUUUGAUUUCCGGAAAUGGCCAGUCGCCAGUGUUGUCAGAGUUUCCGCGGAAGACUGCGCGCUACUCUGGCCAGGAGGGCGGAGCGGCGAGACGCUAGAGGCUUUGCGCUAGGUGACGACUUCGGGCACGUUCUACGGCCGUUCCUCUGGUCGGCUGGGGAUGGCGGCCGCGCACGCGCGGCGAGGGGCGUGGGGCUGGGCCCAGCCGGACGCGACCGCAGCCUGUGGCUACUAACUGCCGGUAGGCGUCUGUGUGCGCCGCCAAGUCGGUGGGGCGGGGACGCGAGGUGCGGAUGGGGGAUCGCCUUGACCUCUGCCUCAGCCAGUAGCGCAGCCUCGGCCUCGCCGUUACGGAGAUGGUGCCCUGGGUGCGGACGAUGGGGCAGAAGCUGAAGCAGCGGCUGCGACUGGACGUGGGACGCGAGAUCUGCCGCCAGUACCCGCUGUUCUGCUUCCUGAUGCUCUGUCUCAGCGCCGCCUCCCUGCUUCUUAACAGGUAUAUUCAUAUUUUAAUGAUCUUCUGGUCAUUUGUUGCUGGAGUUGUCACAUUCUACUGCUCACUAGGACCUGAUUCUCUCUUACCAAAUAUAUUCUUCACAAUAAAAUACAAACCCAAGCAGUUAGGACUUCAGGAAUUAUUUCCUCAAGGUCAUAGCUGUGCUGUUUGUGGUAAAGUGAAAUGUAAACGACAUAGGCCUUCUUUGCUACUUGAAAACUACCAGCCAUGGCUAGACCUGAAAAUUUCUUCCAAGGUUGAUGCAUCUCUCUCAGAGGUUCUUGAAUUAGUGUUGGAAAACUUUGUUUAUCCGUGGUACAGGGAUGUGACAGAUGAUGAAUCCUUUGUUGAUGAACUGAGAAUAACAUUACGGUUUUUUGCAUCUGUCUUAAUAAGAAGGAUUCACAAGGUGGAUAUUCCAUCUAUUAUAACCAAGAAACUAUUAAAAGCAGCAAUGAAGCAUAUAGAAGUGAUAGUUAAAGCCAGACAGAAAGUAAAAAAUACAGAGUUUUUACAGCAAGCUGCUUUAGAAGAAUAUGGUCCAGAGCUUCAUGUUGCUUUGAGAAGUCGAAGAGAUGAAUUACACUAUUUAAGGAAACUUACUGAACUGCUUUUUCCUUAUAUUUUGCCUCCUAAAGCAACAGACUGCAGAUCUCUGACCUUACUUAUAAGAGAGAUUCUGUCUGGCUCUGUGUUCCUUCCUUCGUUGGAUUUCCUAGCUGAUCCAGAUACUGUGAAUCAUUUGCUUAUCAUCUUCAUAGAUGACAGUCCACCUGAAAAAGCAACUGAACCGGCUUCUCCUUUGGUGCCAUUCUUGCAGAAAUUUGCAGAACCUAGAAAUAAAAAGCCAUCUGUGCUGAAGUUAGAAUUGAAGCAAAUCAGAGAGCAACAAGAUCUUUUAUUUCGUUUUAUGAACUUUCUGAAACAAGAAGGAGCGGUGCACGUGUUGCAGUUUUGUUUGACUGUGGAGGAAUUUAAUGAUAGAAUUUUACGACCAGAAUUAUCAAACGAUGAAAUGCUAUCUCUUCAUGAAGAGUUGCAGAAGAUUUAUAAAACAUACUGUUUGGAUGAAAGUAUUGACAAAAUUAGAUUUGAUCCCUUCAUUGUAGAAGAGAUUCAAAGAAUUGCUGAAGGCCCAUACAUAGAUGUUGUGAAACUUCAAACUAUGAGAUGUCUUUUUGAAGCAUAUGAACAUGUUCUUUCCCUUUUGGAGAAUGUAUUUACUCCUAUGUUCUGCCAUAGUGAUGAGUAUUUCAGACAACUUUUAAGAGGUGCAGAAUCACCAACACGCAAUUCAAAAUUGAACAGAGGUAGCCUAAGUUUGGAUGAUUUUCGGAACACACAGAAAAGGGGAGAAUCAUUUGGAAUCAGCAGAAUAGGUAGCAAAAUUAAAGGAGUAUUCAAAAGUACCACAAUGGAGGGAGCUAUGUUGCCUAAUUAUGGUGUAGCUGAAGGUGAAGAUGAUUUUAUUGAAGAAGGUAUUGUUGUAAUGGAAGAUGAUUCUCCAGUGGAGGCUGUGAGCACACCUAAUACUCCCCGAAACCUUGCUGCAUGGAAAAUUAGCAUUCCAUAUGUAGACUUUUUUGAGGAUCCUUCCUCUGAAAGGAAGGAGAAAAAAGAAAGAAUUCCUGUGUUUUGUAUUGACGUUGAAAGAAAUGAUAGAAGAGCAGUUGGACACGAGCCUGAACAUUGGUCUGUCUAUAGAAGAUAUCUUGAAUUCUAUGUACUUGAAUCAAAACUAACAGAAUUUCAUGGUACAUUUCCUGAUGCCCAGCUUCCUUCUAAGAGGAUCAUUGGCCCCAAAAAUUAUGAAUUCUUAAAGUCAAAGAGGGAAGAGUUCCAAGAGUAUCUACAGAAACUUCUGCAGCAUCCAGAACUGAGUAAUAGUCAACUUCUGGCAGACUUUCUUUCCCCUAAUGGUGGGGAAACACAAUUUCUUGAUAAGAUACUACCAGAUGUAAAUCUUGGGAAAAUUAUAAAAUCUGUUCCUGGAAAACUAAUGAAAGAGAAAGGUCAGCAUUUGGAAACUUUUAUCAUGAAUUUCAUUAAUUCUUGUGAAUCUCCAAAGCCUAAACCAAGUAGACCAGAACUGACCAUUCUCAGCCCUACUUCAGAAAACAACAAGAAGCUUUUCAAUGAUCUGUUUAAAAAUAAUGCAAACCGUGCUGAAAAUACAGAGAGAAAGCAAAAUCAGAAUUAUUUUAUGGAGGUGAUGACUGUAGAAGGAGUCUAUGAUUACCUGAUGUAUGUAGGACGGGUAGUUUUCCAGGUUCCUGACUGGCUUCAUCAUCUCUUAAUGGGAACUCGAAUCCUCUUUAAAAACACCCUGGAAAUGUAUACUGAUUACUAUCUUCAGUGUAAACUAGAACAGCUAUUUCAGGAGCACCGUUUGGUCUCACUCAUAACACUUCUCAGAGAUGCUAUAUUCUGUGAAAACACUGAACCUCGCUCUCUCCAAGAUAAGCAAAAAGGAGCAAAACAGACUUUUGAAGAAAUGAUGAAUUACAUUCCAGAUCUGUUAGUCAAGUGUAUUGGUGAAGAAACCAAGUAUGAAAGCAUCAGACUUCUGUUUGAUGGCUUACAGCAGCCAGUACUCAACAAGCAGCUGACUUAUGUUUUAUUGGACAUUGUGAUACAGGAACUGUUUCCAGAGCUCAAUAAGGUACAAAAGGAAGUUACCUCUGUGACAUCUUGGAUGUAAACACUUGGAUUUGGUAUAGAAUAACCCAUUGAAAUUUCUGCUGUGCUAGGGUGGUAGAAAUUUACUUUUUUGGGUAUAUUCUUAUAUAUAUUAUGUACAUUGCUGUCUGAAAUUUUAAUUAUUUUUGUUUUUAAUAAAGACUAACACAAACUUAAUAAUGAUUAAAAGUGA